UUAAGCAGCCAAUUUAUGCAAAAAAUUUCCUCAAUGAAUUAAGGGAGAAAAAUCUCUUCUCUUCUCUUCUCUUCUCUUUCUUUCGUUUCCUUCUCCAAAAUUUUAAUCGUUAUCUUCUUCACUCCUCCUCUGUAUAAAAUACACAGUUUCUUUCUCUCUUUUUUCUAUUGCCCGAAAGACUGAAUCUAUUUGAAUCGAAGCUGACCAGGUUUUGGGUUGGGGUGAUUCUUCAAAGAAAAUGUCAAUGUAUGAGCAAGAUUCAGAUGUAAUCCAAUGGGGUCUUCGUCUGCUUGAUGGGGAUCCACCUUUUUAUUCUGGCUAUUAUGGUGGUGCACUACAAACCGGGGAUGAUUAUCAUAAACAUUAUAGCAGAUAUCUUGAUGACAUGUCGCAUUUUAGAGUUGAGGACAGUGAUGAGAUUAUUGCCCGCACGCUGCAAGAAAAAUUUACACAGUUAGCUAUUGCUGAAGCCUCUGGAUACUCACCGGCAAAAGAAGAGCACUUGGAAAUAUCUAUGCAUGAGCAUGAUUGGCAAGGUACCUCAACAAGGAGCUAUAGUUCAGGCCAUGAGUAUAAUAGUCAUGAAGAUUCUGAUGAUAUUUUUGCUUCUAGUUCAUGUUCCAGCCCUGAUAACGAAGAGGAGUGUUCCCAUUCUCCAGAUUUUACUGAUGAAUAUGGACUCGAUGAGGAAGUAGGCAAGAGGCUGAAUCAAAUGAUUCCUAUCCCUCAUGUUCCUAGAAUCAAUGGAGAAAUACCUUCAAUUGAUGAAGCAACUUCAGAUCAUGAAAGGCUUCUUAAUAGAUUGCAGUUAUAUGACUUUGUUGAGGUCAAAGUUCAGGGGGAUGGUAAUUGUCAGUUUCGUGCUUUAUCAGAUCAAUUGUACAACACACCUGAUCGCCACAAAGUUGUGAGGCUACAUGUUGUAAAUCAGCUCAGAUCUCACCCAGAGAUAUAUGAAGGGUAUGUACCAAUGGAGUAUGGUGACUAUUUGAAGAAGAUGUCCAAGAGUGGUGAGUGGGGAGAUCAUGUCACAUUGCAGGCAGCUGCAGAUUCGUACGGUGUGAAAAUACUUGUUAUGACCUCUUUUAAGGACACCUGCUACAUCGAGAUCCUUCCUAUUGACCAGAAGUCAAAAGGAGUAAUCUUCUUGAGUUUUUGGGCUGAGGUACACUACAAUUCCAUAUAUUUUCAAGGAGGUGGAUAAAAAUGGAAGUUGUUAAUUUAGCUGUCAUUGUAUCCCUGGGUGACUGAUGCAUCUCUUUUCAUGGUCUUCAUUCAGAUAUAACUUCUAAUGAGCACCGAAAGAAGAAAAGGUGGUGGAGUUUUGGGUAUAGGCAUUAGGUAUAUCUGGCUCUUGUGGGCUAUUCCUUAUGCGUUCUCUGCUGCUAUGGCUGGUAUCUAGUGUGUGAUCUUCUUGGUACAAGGCUUUCUUGUGUAUAUAUAUAUAUAUAUAAUUUAAGCUAAAAGGAUUUUAUUGAUAAGUUCGUACUCGCAUUGUAUUCUUUUGUAUUAGUUUUCGUAUCCCAAAUUUGCAGGCAUGCAUAGCAUGCCAGACGUUUCUGUAGAAAAAGAGAGGAAAUCAAAGUCUGUUUACUUCGUAGUCUUUGGAUAUAAGAUUAGAGAUGGAAUACAGGUUUGGAUGAGUUUCAUUUCUGA